GGAGACGGCCAGGUGCAACACCACCACCGCCGCCGCCGCCGCCGCCACCGCUGUCGAGCCCGCGCCUUCCAUUUCCAUGGCGGAGGAGCUUCUGUGUUUUGGCGCCUGACCGCGGAGGGAAAGAGGAGCGAGAAUGUGAGAGGGUACAGAAAGCUACAGUAGGACCAGAAGGAGCAGAAGAAGGGGGUAAAAAUGCCCAGGAGGAAACAGGAGCAACCCAAGCGCCUUCCUUCGCAUGCCGAGGAUGGUUCGGGAGCGAGCGGCUCGGUGGUAGAGGACGGCUGGUAUGGGAACGUCUCCAACAGCCCGUCCACGUCGUCCUUCGGCGAUGUUCAGGACGACCAGCGGGAGUCUCCGGAAAACGGAGCACGCACGGACCAUGCUUCUCUGGCCAGGAGCCCAUCGGGCUGUACCACACCGGCUCAGCGGGCCUCGCUGGAGUUGCUCGGGCUGGACUCUCGCGUCCUGUCCGCUCAGGACAUGUCCCUUGUGUCGUCGGUGUCGUUGUCGUCCAUGGUGUCCUCUCUGUACGGCGACUCGGCCCAUGGCCUGGCUAAACCGCUCAGCAGCAACCUGCGCAGGCUGCUCGAGGCCGGCUCAGUAAAGCUGGAAUCAGGGGAACUGAUCGGGCGAGGGGUGGGCCGAGGGGCGGAGUCUCCGCCCGCAGGUCUGACCCUGUCCCCGUCUUCGCACCAUGCUCAGCAGCUGAGCGCACUCGCACGCAGACUUGCAGGCGGUAACAAUGGAGGUAACUCCACCUCCACGUCGCCCGCCUCGGUGCACGCCGUGAAACAAGAACCAACAGACCCGUUUGGACCGUCCGAGCCGACCAGUUCGGGCAGCGCCGGGUUUGUUUGGGUUGGCAUGGUGGAUAAAUGGCCGUCUGGAAGUUUAUCACCCGACUCGGCCAUCCAGAAACUAAAGGCUGCGGCAAACGCCGUUCUUCAGGACAAGAACUCCACCUCGUCGUCAUCCUCCUCUUCCUCUUCUUCUUCAGUCACCUCCUCCUCUUCUUCCUCCUCCUCGUCGUCCUCGGCGCCGCCUCUGGCGGGGCGCACCGACGACGCAGUACGCUUCGACUCUUUUGCCUCACCCUUCAGCUCGCAAUCUGCCAGCUCCACUCUCGCCGCGCUCUCCAAGAAAGUGUCCGAGCGGAGUCAGCAGCAGCAGCAGCCGCCGCCGCCACCCGCCGCCUCCUUCUUAUCCCUCACGUCUAUGAACUCCUCAGCGGCGCUGCUCAAGGAGGUGGCGGCCCGGGCCGCCAGGAACAUGAUGACCGAUAAAAAGGAGCCGCAGCUGGCACCGGCCAACACGGAGGACGUUAAACCCCUGUUAGACAGGAACCACAAGGCCCCGACGCCCACCCAGAGCAUCGAGCUUCUGCUGCCCGCCGCCCCCAAGGGACACACCAAGCCCAGCAGCCAAGCAGGUUCACCGGAGGACAGCGGAAAGCCCUUCCAGUGCCCCGUGUGUGGUCUGGUCAUCAAACGAAAGAGCUACUGGAAGAGACACAUGGUGAUUCACACCGGUUUAAAAAGCCACCAGUGCCCGCUGUGUCCCUUCCGCUGCGCUCGCAAAGACAAUCUCAAGUCGCACAUGAAGGUGCACCAGCACCAGGACAGGGGUGAGACAUUCCAGUGUGAGCUGUGCCCCUUCACCUCAUCGCGCCACUUCAGCUUAAAGCUGCACAUGCGCUGCCACCAGCACUUCCCACGCACCGAGCUUAAAGUAAAAGACGAACCCUGCACCGACACAGAGGAGACCGAGACUGAUCGAGUGCCUGGCAUGGACGCUUCACCUACGCUCGUGCUGUCCCAACCACCAGGCGAGUCCUUCAAUCACAUCCACAUCAAAGAGGAGCCUCUGGAUGUGGCGUUGACUCCACCUUUUCCUCCAGGAAGGGAGCGGCCAGGCAGCAGCGGCAGUUCUCUGGAUCUACCCGGGAUCAGCGGCAGUCCACCCGGCCCUGGCACCGGAACCGCUGCCGCCUCACUCUUCAGUCCUGACAUCAGCACCAAGACAGCCACCGAUCUGCUCAUGAAACUUUCAGCAGCCAACCAGAAAGAGGCGCUGAAGAGUGGGUUCAGUGUGAAGGAGGAGCCUGAGGCGGAGGAGGCGUUAAGCCCGACCAGGUGCCAGUCGUUCAGCCUGGGCUAUGAUGCCCCUAGGGUGCCCAGCAGGCCUCGCCAAGAGGGCAGCAUCCUCAGCCACGACAUCAACAUGAAGGUGGCAUCCGAGCUGCUCAUGAAACUCUCAGAGAACAUCAAGGACGCCGGUCUGCCGAAAGUGUCAGUGAAGGCAGAGCCAAUGGAGGUGGACCCCCCUACGGAAGUGGCCCCGCCCCCCUCUCACCUGCUAGGCUUCAGCACUUUAGGGGCAUGUGAGAAGAAAAAGCCGAUAGCCGGCCUCCCCGAGCCUCUGCCCCGCCCCCACAAAGACCUCUUCUCCCAAGACAUAUCAGUCAAAAUGGCCUCCGAGCUGCUCUUCAAACUGUCUGAGAAAGUAAGCAAAGCUAACGAAAACAAAGACAGCGCAUCGUUCGGCAUGACCAGCCCUUUCCUAGAUGACCGCUUUAGACAAUCGCCAUUCAGCUCGCGCUCCAAGAGCUCAUCUCCAGCCGAGGCCGGUUCUUCUACUCGAGGAGUCCAGCAGCAAGAUACAGAUAAGCCGCUGUGCGAGACGGGUAAUGGCCUGGCACAGUGGAGACUCAACGAACAGCUCUAUCCCUGCCCGGUGUGUGGCAAAGUGUUCGGCCGCCAGCAGACUCUCUCCAGACACCUCUCGUUACACACAGAUGAGAGAAAGUAUAAGUGUCAUCUGUGCCCAUAUGCAGCAAAGUGCCGUGCCAACCUGAACCAGCACCUCACCAUCCACUCCGUCAAACUAGUGAGCACAGACGCGGAGCACAUAGUGAACUCGGUUACCACUGACAGGGGAGAACGCAAGAACUGCCCCUACUACUACAGCUGUGGAGUGUGUGGAUUCCAGACAGAGCUGAACGCGAAGUUCGUGAGCCACAUGUCUGUGCAUGUGGAUAAGGAGCAGUGGAUGUUCUCUCUGUGCUGUAACUCGUGUGAAUACGUGGGAGUGGACGAGGCUGAGAUGAAGACUCACAUCAACGCUGAACACACAGGUCUGAAUUCGAGAAGUCCCUUAAGCGAGAGUAAGAGCACCUCAUCAUCUCUUUCUGCUCUCAGCGACUCCCUGAAUAGCUCGGAGGGUGGAGACGUCACCCAGGGUGGCGAGGAACUCAAAAUUCUGCUGGCCCCACCCUCAUCCGCAAGCAGCCAAUCGAGUUCAGCGUCAGGAACAGAGGAGAAAUCAGAAAAAGGCUUUGAAUGUGUGUUCUGCAACUUUGUGUGUAAGACGCGGGCGAUGUACGAGCGGCACCUGCAGAUCCACCUGAUCACCCGCAUGUUCGAGUGCGACGUCUGCCACAAGUUCAUGAAGACGCCCGAGCAGCUGCUUGAACACAAGAAGUGCCACACGGUCCCUGCCGGAGGGCUCAAGUGCCCUCUGUGCAUGUACUCCACCAGCAGGGCGGCGGCCAUGGAGUGCCACCUGAAGACGCACUACAAGAUGGAGCACCGCUGCCGCAUCUGCCAGGCGGCGUGGGCGAGCCGGGCCGAACUGGAGCGGCACGCGCGCACCCACCGCCUGGGCAACCACUACCGCUGCGAGCAGUGUGGCUACCUGGCCAAAACGGCCAACAAGCUGAUCGAGCAUGGGCGCGUGCACACGGGCGAGCGUCCGUUCCACUGCGACCGCUGCAGUUACAGCUGCAAGCGCAAGGACAACCUGAACCUACACAAGAGGCUCAAGCAUGCGCCGCGCCACGAGCUCGGCUGCACCCGCUGCACCUUCACCACCACGCAUCCCUUCGUCUAUAGCCGGCACGUCCGAAAACACGAGACCGGGGAGGGCAGCAUCCUGGAGGAGAACCAGAACCGAUCGGUAACGGCACGUCCACUCAGCGCCAAUUUCAACGAGCCACUGUUCCUGCCUGGAAGUGGUACUAGCAGCCCGCUUCUGAGCCUGACCGCCUCGCAGGCUUUGCAGUCGGUCGCGUUGUCCGUCUCGGGAAUGCUGCCCGCAUCUGCAUCCUCCCUGCGCUACCUCUGUGCCAACGGAGCCUCACCAACGUCGACGCCAACAGCGACUCUGGCUGCUCAUUACUUCGAGCAGUUUAGGAACUCGGACCCGGCUCAUCUUAUUCCCUUAACCACGCUCUUCAGCACUCGCCGCCGCUUCACAUUCCAUAGCCCUGCUCCCUCACAAUCCCCGCCCUUCUCCAGACUCUGGCCACGCCCAUCCUCACAGACCCCGCCUUUAUCCAUGUCGCCCAAACACUCCUUCCUAGCGUAUCUGGGACUGACGGAGAGAGCGAAGACAGUCUGAGCUGCCCGUCUAUAACCUACCUCUCCAUUUCUAUUCGUUCAUUCGUUAAUUUGCCAUUUUUUUCACUGCAGCACCAGGACCAUGAUCAAGAGGAAGUUGCUCCAGAGAAACUGAACUCAGACAUGUGAAGCAUUAAGGAAAAAGGCUGUAUGUGCUUAAUGAAUUUAUAUCAAAGCUGCUUCUCCUUCUCUAUAAUUAACCCAGUUCUGCCUUUUUGUUGCUCGUUUUCUCUACUUUCUGUUCAAGUUCUCUGCAGAUCUCGACCAGGAAUCCGACAGUAGUGAUUUCCGUGGGAUAUUUUUAAAGACGUUUUUUUAUUUUUUGAUGAAAAAAAACAAAAAAACAACAAUGCAAGUUAUCAAGCGCUUGAAUUUUUCUUUUGUGCAUUAAUAUGUCUUUUUGCCAAGCAUCGGGUUGCAUGCUCGCCUGCGUUUUUCUGUCAUU